UUGAGCGACCUCUGCUGGAAAAGGUUAGUAACACAUGAAAUCACAUUACAAUUAAGAGAAGUUGCACAAAACCGAGUGAAAAUGCGCAAAAUAAAAUACCAACAUGCUGAUGUAGCCUUAAAUGAGGCUCACUUAUAUAUGACAGGAUAAGGAAUUGACACGGACAUUUUUCACGGAUAAUCAAAUAAGAUUAAAUAACUAUUGCACAUCAUACAUAACUGGUAUUAAAUUCAUUCUCUCCGUGAAGAGAAAAAGUUACAGAGAUAUCGACCCUGUCCAGAAACAUCAGCAGGAAGUCAGGAGGCUGAAGUUUGCUGUUCACAUUUGUCAUGUGCUGAAAAAAAGUGGCGCAACCCAUCAGCUCAGCGAGAGCAACCCAGAUCGCUCAAACUUUUCAGUGCGCGCACGCCUUCAUGUGUCCAGACUUGUAAAUUUGAAUAACUUCGUCCGAACUCGUUGUUCCGCGUACAAAAGUUGCCCUGGCAAACUAUGUGCGCUGAUUGCCCGAGCGCUGGUGUGGAGAAGGACCCAGAGAGCCAAGUUUUAACCCCAGGCGGGAUGGAGUCGCAAACAAAGCCACAUCGCGGUGAAGGUGUUUGUCAGAGAGGAUGCGGUCUCCUGCUGUCCGGUCUGGACGUAAGUAAAGGGGAGCACUGCUGUGUGGAGGCGCUCCGCACUGUCGCCGAUGCUUUGGAGGAGAGAAGCGUAACUUUGGAACACGAAGCCUGGAUAGCGAGGCUCAGGUGGAACAGGAGGGAGCAGUGCCUUUUAGCCCAGGUGUCAACUCUGCAGAACCAGGCUCAACUCGACGCACUCAAGUAUCAAAGGAGGCUUAACCAGUACUUGGUGCACAUCCGCAGUAUUGCAGAACAGUUAGCUGGUUACUGCAAGAGUGACUCCAGCCUAGCUGCUGACAUGGAGAGCAAGGUAUCAGAUAAUGAGGAAAUGGCACAGGGUCAAACCAAAGCACACCAGGUGAAUGGAAAAGAGUUGUCCAAGUCCAGCCAUGAAGAGACUGUGGAAGCCUUUCGCCCUGCCAAGGACCCCGUCGUGGUGCAGGUCAUCCGGCGGACCCCCAGCGGGCGCCCCCAUGGCCCCCCUCAGGAAAUCCAUGUGGUGGAUGUGUGCACUCAGACUGACAUCACCUUUGAACACAUCAUGGCGCUGGCAAAACUCCGGCCUUCAACCCCUCCUGUGCCUGACGUCUGUCCCUUCCUGCUCUCUGACAGCUGUCAUUCCCUUCAUACAAUGGACCAGGAUUACUACGAAGGGACUGACUACCUCUCCCCUGUACCAGCUGAUGGAGACAGGACAGAGGAGUUUGAGUAUGAGGAAGUAGAACUGUGUCGACUCAACAGCCAAGAGAAGUUGGGCCUAACUCUGUGCUACAGGACAGAUGAAGAAGAAGAUGUGGCCAUCUAUGUUAGCGAGAUAAGUCCAAACAGCAUCGCUGCCAGAGAUGGACGAAUCCGGGAGGGGGAUCGCAUUUUACAGAUUAAUGGCCAGGAUGUACAGGACAGGGAGGAAGCCAUGGCUGCGCUCUCCAGUGACGAGUGUAGGAACAUCAUACUGCUGGUUGCCAGACCUGAGAUGCAGCUGGAAGAAGCCUGGCUGGAUGAUGAGCAUAGCGAGUUCCUGGAGCAGCUGAAGAUGGAAAUGUUGGAGGAGCAGCAAAGAGAGGAAAUGGAAUUAGCUGCCUUACAAGAGGAACAGGAGAAUGAACAGAGAACAGAGGAUGAUAAGCCCACUUGUUCCACACUCCCUCAUCAUAAGGACAAUGUACUGAGCAUAAAGGACAGGAUGGGGAACUCGCAGCAUAAUGUCAUGGCACAUAUCCAGAAACGUCUGUCCCAGUGCCUGAAAGACAGUCGGGACACGCACUCUACCACCAGCUCCAUGCGGCUAGAGGAGAAAGCGGACGAGGAUGAUGAUGAAACAGAAGGUGAUCGCUUCCAGCAACUCUUGGAACUGAAGUGUCAAAUACGCAACAGCGGCGAGUACGACCUGUUCUACAGCCGCCGGAGCACUAUUGAGUGCAGCAUGGGGGAGCAGGCGGGGGUACAGCAUGAGCUGCGUAUGCUUAAUGAGGAACUGCGCAGCAUCGAGCUGGAAUGUCAGAACAUCAUGCAGGCCCAUAAACUUCGUAAGGGUCAGCAGUCUCCCUCAGUGGGCCAUUCUACGCCCUCCACCAAAAUCCAAAGCUUUCACCGCGGUGAGCCCUCAAAGGGUAAGCUGGCCGACAUUAACGAGAGGCUAGAGAAAUCGGACAAGGACAGCUCCAGUGCCUACAACACAGCAGAGAGUUCACGCAGCACCCCUCUGGCAAUGGACCGCUCCCCGGAGCACUCACUCCAGAGGAUGGUUAGUCUUACAAACCAGAGGAACCUCUGCAGCGGCCUCGCUGCUGGUCAUUCUCUUAGCCUGAGCCCCAUCCCAGCGUGCCGCGCUCCAGUCCUGGGUAAGAGCAGCAGCCCUGACCACAGCAAUCCUUCUGAGUCGGACCAAACACCUCAGGCUGAGGAAGAGAGCAGAGGGAAACUAAACCAAUGCGCUUCCCGAAAUCCAUACUUCUCACCUUCUCACAGUUCCCAGCAGAGGCAGACCAACAUCCCAGCUCACGCCCGCCACUACCAGAGCUACAUGCAGCUGAUACAACAGCGCUCAGCUGUAGAGUACGCUCAGAGCCAGCUCAGUCUACUUAGCGUCUGUAAAGAGCCUCAGAGGCCCAUUACAGAGCCCAAGAUGGAGUGGAAGGUCAAGAUCCGUAGUGACGGUACCCGCUACAUCACCAAGAGGCCUGUGAGAGACAAGAUCCUGAAGGAGCGAGCCCUGAAGAUUAAAGAGGAACGCAGCGGGGGAAUGACGACAGAUGACGACGCAAUGAGUGAAAUGAAGAUGGGGAGGUACUGGAGUAAAGAGGAAAGAAAGCAGCACCUCGUCAGAGCGAAAGAACAGCGGAAGAGGCGAGAGUUCAUGCAGCGCAGUCGGCUGGAGAGCUUGAGGGAGAACCCUCAGAGCAGCAGCGAGGGUCGAAAGGAAGUCAGCAUCAUAGAGCUCAGCCACAAGAAGAUGAUGAAGAAACGCAACAAGAAGAUCUUGGACAACUGGAUGACAAUCCAGGAGCUGAUGACUCAUGGUACCAAGGCCCCAGAGGGAGCUAAGGUACACAAUGCCUUCCUUUCAGUCACUACUGUAUAAAAAAACAAACAAACACACACAUUCUACCCCAUGUGGUACGACAUACUUGCCUCGUUAAAUGUGGCAUUUUUACAUGGACAAUAGGAAUAUUUUUCACACUUUGUAACCCAAAAAAAGCAUUUUGUAAAGAAUUUAUCAGCGGCAUCAUGACAUUUUGAUGUUUUUCCAAGAUUGUUUUUUUCACAUCACUCUGUGGGAAAAAGCAUUUUUUCUAUGAUACAAUGACGAUACAAUUAUUUUGUUACUUUACGCGAAACAUGUUUAUCUUUUCAAUUCUAUUUUCAUAUUUAAGUUGUAACCACUUAACUCAAGACAGUUCUAAGAGACUUUUUUUUCUUUUAUGUAAUAUGCACACUUACCAAUGGAGGAUCAGCUGGUCAUUUGCUUUUUACUUUUUUAAAUAAAUACAAACUAACGUAUACGUAUGCAGUCUUUGUCUCCUAUUCAGAGCAAGGGAGACGUGGACAUAGUUACUCCUCAUUGUCCUGAAUUUUAAAGACAAUUCCCAUGGAAACGAGGAGGUGGGAGGGGUUAAAGAUUUGGCGCUGCACGUUGAAUUAAAUUGUUUUUAGCAAUUUGUAAAACCAUCUUUAAAAAAGUUGGAUACCUCAUUUUACAGCAAAGCUCGUGUUCUUUCUGUAACCUCAACAACAAAGCUACAAAUUGGGAACAAAGCAAAGCUGCUGCACUAACAGUUUAGUGGACAGUUUUGGACACAGAAUCAAAUGUCUUAAAACUUUUAAAUACUUUUGAUUUAUUAGUAAAGAUUACAUUUAAAAAAAAUGUCCUGACAUGCUUUGUUUGUCUGGUUUGGCAGCUUUGGAUAAAAUUUUUGUAUUCAGUUUUAUUUUGUGUUUUUUUUUCUACAUAUAUGACAACAGAUGAACCUUCCCAUAGCUUUUACAUAUCAGUACUUUUUACUCUCCCACAUACACCUUAACUCAGCAUAGCCUUAACAACCAGACAUGAAUCAACAGCGAUCAAGUUGCCAGUUGUGUGGCGACUUGAUUUCAAACACAAAACUGUCUGUGUAUCUUUGCAACAGAGAUAUUUUGUUCAGACUUAUUCAUACAUUGUAUGAUUUGAGUUUUUGACAAUUGGAAACAUUCAUAUAUAUUGUAUAAUAGUUCUGAUUCAUAUUUGCAGUUACAUCAAAGUGGUGUUAGGAUGAUUGCCACUGAGCAGGACUCAGAACACAGCAUUUUAGAACUGGUGAGAUAAACGGGUUGCCAUUUAUCAAAAGUCUUAUAGUCCAGUUUCAUGUAUAGUAAACUCCAUCCAAAUAAAUACUUUUUAAGUGAAGUAUUGUAAAUUUGAAAUUUUUGAAAACCAAGUCCUGUAACGUUUUAAGUCGAUGUCUGAUGGUCUGAAGUAAAGCGUAGGUGGAACAUUUGUAGCCAGGUAAAAUGUGUUAUAAUGGUGAUCUUUGCAAAAGAAAUGAUAAUAAAUUAUUGGGUUUUU